GAUGCGGCUGCCUGUGUGUAGUUUGAUACGUGUGUGCGCCGUUUCUUGGGAUGCGAUCAUAAUAAGGUACCGUUGACUCAACUGAACUGAAAACCCAUCGAGUCACUGCCUGCUGAUCUCAAAAACCGACCUGCGAGGACGUGAGUCACCAUGACUGAACAGCAGAGGCAGCGCUCGCUCUCCACAUCUGGGGAGACGCUCUACCAUGUGCUAGGCGUCGACAAGAACGCCACGACAGACGACAUCAAGAAGUCAUACAGGAAGCUUGCACUGAAGUUCCACCCCGACAAGAACCCAGACAACCCGGAGGCGGCGGACAAGUUCAAGGAGAUCAACAAUGCCCACGCUAUCCUUAACGACCCCACCAAGCGCAACAUCUACGACAAGUACGGCUCACUGGGGCUCUAUGUGGCCGAACAGUUCGGCGAGGAGAACGUAAACACUUACUUCGUCCUCUCCAGCUGGUGGGCCAAGGCAUUGUUUAUUUUCUGUGGCCUGGCUACAGGCUGCUAUUUCUGUUGCUGUCUGUGCUGCUGCUGUAACUGCUGCUGUGGGAAGUGUAAACCGCGGCCCCCCAUGGACCAGGAGCCCGAGUUCUACGUGUCUCCGGAGGACCUGGAGGCACAGCUCCAGUCCGACGAGAGAGAGACGGGCGAGCCCAUUAUGAUGCAGCCCUCCUCAGCCACAGAGACCACCCAGCUGACGGCCGACAGCCACACCAGCUACCGGACCGACACGGGCUUCAACUAGACCCCUUCUUCCUGCUCCCCUCACUUUCCAAAACCCGCAAAGAGCAAGAGAGCGGAGGAAUUAAAAAAAACAAAGCGGUCAUUUCAACACUGGAGAAGGAGAGGGCCGAGCGAGUGAGCGAGGAGAGAGAGAGAUAGAGAGAUGACGGUGGGGAAACAAGCUGAACUUUCAUAGACAUCUCCUUCUGCCAUGAAAGCAACAGACAUCAGCAUUUGUUUAGGAAAAGGAAAACAAGAUUUUGUUUCUUUGGCCUUUUACCUCCACUGCUCCUGAGAUACCCUUCCCGCAAACCACUUCCAUGUUUCCAUCAUGUGUCGUCUUGUAGCAUGUAGUGUUUUCAACAGUUUAGGGAUAUGUUUUUUUUUUCCAUAUUUAUGCAUCAUAGUUGUGAGUAUACCUAUGUAUGUUCAUAUGUACAAAAUACAUGCCCACAUAUCUAUCUCUCACGUGUGUGUGUGUGUAUGUGUAUGUGUGUGUGUGUGUGUGUGUGUGUGUGUGUCUGCAUGAUGUGUAUACACACAAACACUCACACAAGUGUGUUUUGUUUGGGCCACCCCGUUGGUCUCAUUUUUUACUCGGCAAUGCAUUGGUUAAGUUGGUUAAGAGAAUUCCUCCUGCUGCAUGUGCACAGUGAUCAUGCUUUGAUUCCCAACAACACUCCACUAAAGUUUUGUUCUGCCAUAUGAGCACCACUCUGCCCCCUUCCAUUCCCAUAAGAAACAUGGUGAUGUGAGCCCACGGCAUCCUCACCCCUCCGCAUGCAUCCACUUCAUUGCCUGGCCUCCAAAUGAGCUCAGCACCAUAAUAAAAUGCUAAGAAACAAGAAAAUCCUUCAGUAACUAAAAUCGGCAAAUCCCUGCAUCCGUUAAAUCAGAACCACAAUACGUAUCUCUUUUUUUGCAUUUGAUUUUUGUUCUUUUCUUUAUUGAUUCCCCACAAAGAAUAUAUUCUUUCAAGAUGCACAUGUCCAAAUAGUGUGUGCAGUUUUAUAGAGGUUGCUCAGAAGGUCAUAAGCUUCUGAAGGAUCUGUUUUGAAUGACUUUCCUCUGAUUUAGGCAUCUGUUUCCUGCAGGUUAUACUGGGAAUAAUAAUACAUCUUUAUUGUUGUUGCCAAAUUGUUGUUGAGAAGCCCAAGUUCACCGAGAGUAUAGUAGUAAAUCAUUAUUUUUUGUUUGCCUCUUUUCAGAAUUUUCAGUAAACAUCUACUCUCAAGACAUUUUCUUUUACAGUAGUCCAAUCAAUCUACCUGAAUUCAGUGAUAAAAAGUGUUUAUGGUAGAAAAAAAAGACUAAAAACAGCUUUGUGGACCUGCGUACCAAAUUCAUUUCAAAGUUCAAUUAUUAAUCGCCAUCUAGGGAGAGUGUGUAUAUGUUUAUAGCUGCCUAAGUCCAGUUAAAAGCAUUCCCCUAUUUUGAUUUUGAACUGACUCAGGGCAGCGCAGUAGUACCUAAAUCAGUGAUAAUCUUGACACUGAUUUUCUUGAAGGUGGUGUCACCAUGUGUCAGAAUAAUUUCUGUGCUGUAAGUUCCCUGGCUGACCUGGAUCUUCUCCAGUACAGUACAUCGUCUUUAUGAUGAGGUCAGCAGAGGGAUUCUAAUUUCAAUAUGCGAGGCAGCUAGGGUUUCCUGUUCUAUAAAUCCUGUCUGGGGAACGGCUGAGCGUGAGCAUGGGGGUUGAAUGUCCAUACAGCAGAUAAUCCUACAUGGCACUAUCUCCUGCAUGCAAAGCUGGUUGAGAUCAGCUUCAGAUUCCCAUAGUUCUACCAAUGCAAUAAAAAGAACUGCAAUUUGAUUAUAUUUCUGUCUUCAGAAGUUCAUAAAACAAUCUUUUUGCCAAUGUGACAGUGUCCCUCUUACAUUUUUAGCAAUAGUGCCAUAGCGAGAGACUGAAUCUUUAGCAGAUUUUUGUUGUUCAUAGUAUUAAGUAUGCGUGCAAAAUAUACCAUUUGCAGUAGAAAGUCAGGCACCCUAACGGCAGAAAGUGCAUGAGGAGUUAGGAUUUAAAAAGCAAGCUGUGUGAUAUGAAAGCCGUAAGCUUCAGUUGCUGUGGGUGGCAUGGAGGCAGCGUUUGUUUAGCAGGUAACUUACAUUAAACCCAAAAGGCAGCUUCAUGACAUUUUAGUGUGCGUCUACUGUAGAUGUGCCCAGGAAACAGACAGGGAAUGGACUCAAAUCAAAACCUUGACCCACUCUGGAAUCAGAUAGGACAGUACUCUGGGGUGUGGGUCAGGGGGCUGGACCAAAAAAUUUGGAGGAGUUGAAUCAAAGGUGCUGUUGUAUCCUUAAAUGAGGUGCUGAACCAAGCCUCACAUAAUCCAGCUCCUUAAUUGGUAGUAGGUGAAACAUAAACCAUGCUUGUAACCCUGAAUAGCAUCUACUCAGCAAUUAAUGUUAUGAUAUAAUCCACAAUCCAUUGCAUAAUAAGUCCACAGUUUUAGUUUUGCAUUUUGCCCCCUAAAAUAUAACAUUGAAAAAAGGAAGUCACUCAUAGUACAGUGUUCGUUAUUCCUAGUUAGGGUCAGUUUCCAUUUUAUUCCAGCUGUGGUUGGAGUGAAUCACUGCAUAGUUUCUAAUCUUAGAAUCAAGUACUGUAACUCCAUCAUUCCCAUGACUGUGUCUCCCCUGCAAAACAUUGGUUAAUGGUGAAGCAGAUGCUGAACUGUGUGUGAAUGUGUUUUUGUGCCAGUAUUUACUUAAUUUGCAUCUGUGAUUGAUCUGAGCCAUUUUCCCUGUGCUUUCCCCCCUGUGGGACUGGCCUGUGGCACCCUUGCUGCUGGUACAUAUACCCGUUGAGUGUGUCAACUGCAGAUGUGGCGAUAGGGAGGGAGAUGGCAGGGAAUGUGACUGGUGUUCUCUCCAGAGAUGCCAAGUCAAUAGGUCCUCCCCUUAAGACAAUGAAAACCCAUAAGGAUGAUGGGACGGGUUUUCUGAAACAUCAUUAGGUUUGGGUUAAUAGUUAACACCGCUGUUUUGUGGCAGAUGGAUCCAUUUCUGAUUCCACCAACAUCAUUUUAAGUUUGAGUCUGGAUGAACUCAUUUCAGGCUCAGAACUUUCAGCUGGUGAUGGAUUGAACUGGUUUGUCAUGGAAAUGUCUGAUCUGCCAACUCUAAUGACACAGUUUAAUAACAAUAAAACUAGCUCCUUUACAGCAACAAAUCUGUUAUCUUUAACCCAAGCCCCACCCACCCUCCUCUGUGGCUUUAAAAGCAUUCUUGGAUAAUGGGGGAAAUGUUAUACAGAGCAAUAAGUAUUUUGGUUUUAUUUGUAACUUUUUGUCUUACUUGCCAUGUCUUUUAGGACUACAUUAGUAGUGUGUGACCAUAAUCAUCCUUUAUAGUUUAUGUUGAUAUAAGUGUCUUGAAAUACAGAGUCAACAGGCCCAUAUUUAUACAAAUGAGGAUUAGUCUUAUAGCCAAGUCAAAAUAAUCUAGAACCAUUGUUUUGCACUGCUUUUUUGUAAUGUUAAUUUAUUGUUGUCAUUAUUAUUGGCAUUCAUUGUACAGCUGCAGGCUCAGUGUCAGCUGUCCGUGUAAAAGGACAUGCCCUUCGAAGAUCAUGUGCUUUGAACUAAGCUUGGCCAUAAAGCCCUCAUUGCAAGUGAAUCUGAGUGGUGUGUGGCCAGACUGCAGCACUGAACGCUGUUGUUGCUUAGGCUUGUUUCUUUUGAUUUCCUCCACUGCCUGUCUUUAUCAGUGUUAGUAAGGAAGGUCAGACCAGUUCUUUACUUGUGCUAACAUGCACCUUCUUUCCUUGCGCCUCUCAGUUUUGUCUCCCAACACGCCUCCUCAGAGAUGUCUUUCUUUUCCAUUGUGUGUAGUUAAAGCUUAACAAUAUGACUUGGAUAAAAUAGGGCUUUAAGAACAGCUGGACGGUUAUGUUCAACCAGAAUGACAAGUAUUUAAUCACCUUUUUCUUUGAGUGAAAUAGAGAUGGUAUCACAGCUCUGCAUUACGUUGUGAAAUGCAAGUCCUCUCGUGAUAGAGCAUAGAACAGCUGACGAAAUUCAGGGCUUGCUUCCACACGUAAGGCGUUGACAGGACAUGUACCAUAUCAUGUUGGAUCACUCUAGAACGUAAGACGAGUAUAUCAGUCCAUCAUUUAUGUUCUUCAACAACGUGAUCUUCUAAAUUGUUUUCCAUGGAGUAAUACUCGUAAGGCACUUCAUGUGUAGUACCAUUGCUGGCAUGUGUGUGUGUCUGUGAAGUGUGUAUGUGUUGGGGGGGAGCUCAUAGUACUGUCAAGUCUUUCUUGUACUGUGAGCUGAAAAAUAAUUUCUCUUAGGCUGUGUUUCCAAUGCUUAGUUUCCAUUUUCAAUGCUGUGUUUCCAAUGCUUACAAAAUUAUUACUGUUUGAGGCUCAAAGUGGGAAUUGUGUUGAUGUCUCAUGCAUUUUGAUUCCAUUUUUAUU